AUGGGUGACCAGUGUACACUGCGCCUCGUCCGAGUAAGCGCCUUUCAACUAGGAUGCAUUUGGAGAAACUACCUGGACCAAUCACUAAUCUCCGCGUUUUCGUAUCAGGAGUUGAGACAGGUUGAGCGGAGUGAGCAACUUGCCUUCACCGUUCGGUAUGAAGAGGGCAACAUUCGUGACAUACAGGCCCUUAUUAUCGGACCUCCAGGUACUCCAUACGAACUGGGGUUUUAUGAGGUCGAUCUUGGGGUAAGCUUGUCUAACAACCUGGGUGACCAUGGAGCCUCGCUGAACAUCGCAACAGAACUUGGCAUGGUUCUCGGAAGCCUCUUAUCAUCAAAUCCGUAUACGCUGGAACCGGGGUUUGAUGACAACGAAAGGGCGAACGAUACGGAGUAUAUGGAGAUCUACAAGUCAAAGAUCCGCCAUGAAAAUCUACGACUAGCAGUCAUCACGCCUCUCGAACAAGCCUUUCAAACCUCGUCCCCUCCCCACCAAAUAGCGCUCAGGGUCGGUCAGGAAUCCAGUGUGGAAGAAGAUAGUGAUGCCGAACUCGAACCCGAGCCGGGACUGCUUGCCCAAAGCAAGUUCCACGACUUUUGCAAGCGACGGUUCUUGUGGUACCUCGAGUUCUACCAGAACGCUAUCGCGAAAGGAAUCGCGGAAGAAGCGCACAGACAAGGAACGCCAUUCAUUCAAAUGCCGUUUGAAGGCUAUGGUAAUACCAUGGGUGGAGAGUGGAACUACAUCGACCUCCAAGCCCGUUUGUUGGCUCUCCGAGACCGAUUGAUGGAAGAGACAUACCGAUGGCCCGUCGAGGGCCUUGCUCUGGUCAAGGAGGAUGCCGGAAUUGCGGUUAAAUUAACGGGUCAGCAUGAACAGAUUGCAGCGGAAAUGGACGCUUGUCCUCAAGUCAUCGAUCUGUCACUGGUUGAUAAUAACCCGUUCGUCUGGAGACUCACCUACGUUGGUCGCAACGAGUCCAGACUGGAAGGUGGCAUAAUCAAGAUCAAGAUUUAUGUCAGUCCCCGGCACCCAGACGAACAACCUCGGGUCUUUGUCGAAUCACCCCUGUACCACAUUCGCGUCUCAAAGCAGGGUGUGUUGAUGUAUCUUCCAUCGCAUGCUGAAGAAAUCGGACAACACAUCGAGGGUAUCAUCACCACAUUGGAGGACGACAGCCCCCCAUACAACCCUCUCAUGACAGUAAACCCAGAGGCAAGCGCUCUGUGCUGGGGCUCGGAACUAGAUCGCAGGCUCUAUAGACGCAAGCUUAGAGCUUCUCUGGAGGAGUCCUGA